UACUGGCGGGAGGAGUAAAGAUGGCGGUGCUGGGGUCUCCGCCUUCUGCUCCGGGCUGAAUCGCUCUGAGGGAAGCUGUGGCGGCAACUGGGGCAGCAAUAGCAAUCCAGGGGUUGUGAGUUUCAGCAGCAGCUGCGGAGGUCGGAGCAAUGGCGGAGCUGGAGCACCUGGGCGGGAAGCGGGCAGAGUCCGCGCGAAUGCGGCGGGCUGAGCAGCUUCGGCGCUGGAGGGGCUCGCUGACAGAGCAGGAACCCGCGGAGCGACGAGGCGCGGGGCGGCAGCCGCAGACUCGUCGCGGGAGCCCCAGGGUCCGCUUCGAGGACGGUGCUGUUUUCCUGGCCGCUUGCUCUAGCGGGGACACCGACGAGGUGAAAAAGCUUCUGGCCAGAGGUGCGGACAUCAACACGGUCAACGUGGACGGCUUGACAGCCCUGCACCAGGCCUGUAUUGAUGAAAAUUUGGACAUGGUGAAGUUUCUGGUGGAGAACAGGGCCAAUGUAAACCAGCAGGACAACGAGGGCUGGACACCUCUUCAUGCAGCAGCUUCCUGUGGCUAUCUCAACAUAGCAGAGUAUUUCAUUAACCAUGGAGCCAGCGUGGGUAUUGUGAAUAGUGAAGGUGAAGUCCCCUCGGACCUUGCCGAAGAGCCUGCCAUGAAGGAUCUUCUUCUGGAGCAAGUGAAGAAGCAAGGAGUUGAUCUAGAGCAGUCAAGAAAAGAAGAGGAACAACAGAUGUUACAGGAUGCCCGCCAGUGGCUCAACAGCGGGAAAAUUGAGGACGUAAGGCAGCCUCGCUCCGGGGCCACGGCCCUCCAUGUGGCUGCUGCCAAAGGCUACUCGGAGGUCCUCAGACUUUUAAUCCAGGCUGGCUAUGAACUCAAUGUUCAGGAUUAUGAUGGUUGGACUCCCCUCCAUGCUGCUGCACACUGGGGAGUGAAGGAGGCUUGCUCCAUCCUGGCAGAAGCACUCUGUGACAUGGAUAUCAGGAACAAACUGGGCCAGACACCAUUUGAUGUUGCUGAUGAGGGUGUUGUGGAGCACUUGGAGAUGCUCCAGAAGAAGCAGAAUGUGCUUCGAAGUGAGAAAGAGACACGGAAUAAGCUCAUUGAGUCAGACCUGAACAGCAAGUUGCAGAGUGGACUCUUUAAGAACAAAGAGAAGAUGCUGUAUGAAGAAGAGGUACCCAAGUCCCAAGAAAUGGAGGAAGAAAGCAAAGAGUCCAGCAGCUCCAGCUCAGAGGAGGAGGAAGGUGAAGAUGAAGCUUCUGAGUCAGAAACUGAGAAGGAAGCAGAUAAAAAGCCAGAAGCCAUUGUCAACCAUUCCAACUCUGAAAGCAAGAGUAUUAUCACGGAACAGAUACCACCACCAGCUCAGAAUACCUUCUCUGCCUCUUCAGCUAGGAGAUUCUCCUCCAGCCUUUUCAACAAGCCAGAAGAGCCCAGAGAUGAAUCUCCUUCUUCGUGGAGACUGGGACUCAGAAAAACUGGCAGCCACAACAUGCUGAGUGAGGUGGCCAAUUCUAGAGAGGCUCUGAGGGACCGAGGCUCCUCCAUCCACCGGUCGUCAUCAAGCCCUCGGAUAUCUGCCCUGCUGGACAGCAAAGAUAAGGAGAGAGAAAACAAAAGCUAUUUUAGUUCGCUAGCCCCCCGGAGGCUCAGCAGCACAAGCGACAUUGAAGAAAAGGAGAACAGAGAAUCAGCUGUUAAUCUAGUGAGGAGUGGUUCGUACACACGGCAGCUGUGGAGGGAUGAAGCAAAGGGAAGUGAAACUCCACAGACAGUUGCUCCUUCUACCUAUGUAUCAACCUACUUGAAAAGUGCUUCAUUUGGUAGAAGUAGUGACCCCACAAGUCCCUACAUUUCAGCCAAUCGCAAUCCAUCUGCUACCUCACCCAUUACCAUUGGUUCAUCUACCUCUCGGGGCAGCAAGUGGCAACCUGCCUCUUCUUGCCCUGCACCAAUCAGUGCAAACACUACUGCAUCCGUACACCAUGGCAGGACUCCUUACAAAUCCCAGGCUGACUCAACAACAGAAAAAACAGUAGACAAUGUCUCUUCUAGCACCCCGCUCUGUGUGAUCACUAAUCGCCCUCCACCUAGCACUGCCAAUGGGGUUACAACUGCCACUCAGCUCUCCGCUCCUGGAACAGACUCCUCUGUGGAAGCCCGGGACAGGAGGAGAUCAUAUCUGACUCCUGUACGGGAUGAGGAAGCAGAGUCCUUACGAAAAGCACGCUCCAGACAAGCUCGGCAGACUCGAAGGUCUACCCAAGGCGUGACACUGACGGACCUUCAGGAAGCAGAAAGGACUUUCAGCCGGUCAAGAGUGGAACGGCAAGCUCAGGAGCAGCCUAGCCAGAAGCCCACAGGCACCGAAGGGCUUGAGGGAAGCUCAGAGAAGCAUGAGCCCUCAGCAGUCCCGGCAAAGGAAGCUGGCGAGGGUCGUCAGCCCUGGGGCGGAAGUCUGGAUGAAGAACCUGUCUAUCGUCGCCUGAGGUAUCCAACUCAGCCAGACAAACCCACAACACCAGUGUCUCCUUCUGCAUCAAGGCCAUCUCUCUACACCAGUUCCCAUCUGCUACGGACAAGCAGAUCUUCAGUCCCUGACUCUGAGAGUUCGGAGACCACCACAAACACUGCAGUUGCAAAGGAAAUGGAUAAAAAUGAGAGUGAAGAAGUGGAUGUGGAUGAUCAGACCUCUAAUAGACUGUCCAUCCGUGAGAGGAGGCGGGCCAAGGAACGACGACGAGGCACGGGCAUCAAUUUCUGGACAAAGGAUGAGGAUGAAGCUGACGUGUCCGAAGAGGUAAAAGCAGCACUGCAUGAAAGACUUUCUAGGUUGGAAUCAGGAGGUAGUAACCCUACAAGCAGCGAUUCUUAUGGUGACCGGGCCUCAGCGAGAGCCCGCCGCGAGGCCCGGGAGGCCCGCCUCGCCAGCCUGACCAGCCGCGUGGAGGAGGACAGCAACAGAGAUUAUAAAAAACUCUACGAGAGUGCCCUGACCGAAAACCAAAAACUGAAAACAAAACUUCAGGAGGCCCAGCUAGAGCUAGCAGAUAUAAAGUCCAAGCUUGAGAAGAUGGCCCAGCAGAAACAAGAGAAGACCUCUGACCGAUCAUCAAUGCUGGAGAUGGAGAAAAGGGAGAGGCGAGCCUUGGAGCGGAAAAUGUCAGAGAUGGAGGAGGAGAUGAAGAACCUCCACCAGCUAAAACAGAUUCAAACCUUGAAGCAGAUGAACGAGCAACUGCAGGCUGAGAACAGGGCCCUGACCCGAGUUGUGGCCAGACUCUCGGAGUCCGUCGAGUCCUCGGAAACCCAGGAGCUCUAGUUCUUGCCCCUCUUCUCCACCUCACUUCCCUCCUCCACCACUCCAGGUGUUAACAGAACUGAAAUCCGACAACCAGAGGCUGAAAGAUGAAAAUGGUGCCCUCAUCAGAGUCAUCAGCAAACUAUCCAAAUAGACUAGGCUUCCAGUUUGGGAGGGAAGGGGCAGCAUUUGCUGUUCCCACCCCUCUUUUCCAGCCAUUGCCUUCCAACCAAAAGAAGUGAAUGUUUUGGUGGAAGGACUUCUUUCUGACCCUCCUCCAGUCACCUCCUCUGCACCGUACACGUCCUCCGCACUCUGAAUGCCCUGUCCCUCCCGUGCCCCGCACCCCCUGAGUUUAUGGCAGUUUUAAUUGAAGCAUGAUUGUGAUCAUUUGAGCCGUUCGAGCCAUCUGGAGAAGGCCUCGGGGAGUCCACCAGGCUCAGCUGUGGGUCCCAACUCCCUGCUGCGCAGCUACUCGUCCACACUGGAUUUGAUCCAAACAUGUAAGGCUCUACCCAAACCAGUACCCCACAGCCUUUUACACCGACCCAGUGUCCUCUGAUAUAGGUGAGUCUUACGGUGGCCAUUCCAGGAUCCUGUCUGGGAUGCCAGGGGAAACAGGAUGUUGGCUUAACCAUGGGACAGCCUCUGGAGCUAUGUUUCCAUUAGAUUUCCAAGGUGACCAUGACUCUGCAUUGAAGGUCUCUGCUAGUCUGCACCUCUCAGGAACUGACUUUUCUCUUACUCCUUGCUGGUGUUACUGUUAUUUUUUCUAUCAACAACCCAGUAACAUGCCUGAUUAGUCUUAAUUCUUGUUCUUUCCUCAUGCCUGGCCCCCUUCCCCAGGGCUCACAUGACCCUGGCUUCCUUAUUCCUUUCCUUUCUAUCCUUCUAUUUUCCUUUCUGUCUCCCCUCCACCACCUUACCACAUUGUGUAAGAGCUAGAACAGAGCAUCUGACCUCACUUGUCUUUGGCCAUUAUGGAAAAUCAUUUCUCCUGGGCUGCUCUGGAGACCAGAAGAAUUGCCUUGGCGGCACCACUGGCCCUGUUGCAGAAAAGCCAGACCAUGGCAUAAGUGUCAGCCCACUGUUCUCAUCUCCCACUUGUCUUCCCUACACAGUGAUUUUCCUUAUUAGAAAAUUUGGGCUCUGAACACUCCAUUCUGCCUCAUCUCCUUUUGACCUUGUUUUCCUCUCUUCACUCUGGCACCUGCUCCAAAUGAGAAAGGAGGUCCUUGGAGGGAGUGGAGAGCUGGGAUGGGUGGGAGGUGGACCGGGGAGUGGAAGCACACAUACCUGGUGUGAGUAGAGUAUCUGGGGACAUCUGCAACCUUGUGACAAAGAGGACAGAAGAUAGAUCGUGCUGUGGUAAUGGUGGUGAAUGUGAUGAUUUCCAGUGGCUAGAUGUAGGGGAGAGACCAUUUGUUUUCUAAAAG